AUGGCUCAUUUGAGAUCUGGAGCACAGCGUUUUAUAUACUGUUUAACUCUGGCGGUUCGGUUGUUUUUUGGCGUUCAUAAUGAGGCUUUUGUGCUCAACCUAAAGUGUUUCAUUCGCUGUGCGGUACGGGAAUUCACCUUGCUGGCCCGUAAACCGGGCUGCAGUGAGCUGCACAUCACCACUGAUGCCUGCUGGGGGCGUUGUGAGACCUGGGAAAAGCCUGUUCUGUACCCGCCCUUCAUCAAGUCAUACCAGCGAGUGUGCACCUACAACGAAACACGAUUAGUGACGUUGAAGCUGCCAAACUGCUCAGCACAUGUGGACCCAUACUGCACCCAGUGGCUCUUCAGUGUGACUGUGGGUUUGUCUCACCAAUACCACUGA